CUCCCCCACCCCCAAUUUUAGAGUCUGGCGCUGCCACUGCGUAUUGAUAACCUUAAUAACAAAUAAAGAAGGUUUGUUAGCCAAGACGUCGCAGUUUCCUCUGCAGUGUAUUCAUAAAGUGGCUGUUAGUGAUGGAGCCGCAGGUUUUUGAUAAUGGUAAUUGAAGGUAAUACAGAAACCGCAAUGUAAUAUUUAUUGUUCUUGAAAGGAUCUGGUUGGAGAGGGUCGUAUUUUUUUCAACGGUGCAUGACAGAGAAAAGCACCUGUUUAUUAAAAUUUAUAUAUUUUAAAAUCACCUAGAUAUGUGUAUUGGUAAUUUUUUUUGCAUACUCGUGACCCGUUAGAUACAGGAGCAGUUAAUAAUGGAAACUAAGUGGAUGGAGGAUUAAUAAUUUUUAAUUUUAAAGUAGGCAGAAGGCUUUUAUCGAUUGGAGCAUGACAAUUUUAUAUUAGUAGGUCUACUGUAUUGUUUGAGGCUGUUUGGAGUUUGUGGAAACUGUCCGCUAAAACUCGUACACCACUUGAAGAUAAAGAUUCUCUUUGUUUCAAAAAACAGCUCAGUCAGGCUGCUCAUGAUGAUGAAUUGAGUCAGAAGACAGUAAACAGUAAUGGCUAUUAUGUUCACCUGUUUUCUGGUACUGAGUUUGGCAUCCGUCAGUUUGUCGCCUGACGGCGGUGUAGCUGAUCUCUGCAGCUCACCUUACUGCCCGCCACCCUGGCGUGCUUUCCAGGGGCACUGCUACCUGUGGGUGGACAAACCAAUGUCUUGGAUGGAUGCUGAGCGCCACUGCCAGAUGCUGUCCCAUCCGGGGAAGAUGGUCCACCUUGUGUCCAUCCACAGCCAAGAGGAGGAUGAAUUCAUCAAAGAUUACGCAAGGAGCGCCUCUGGCCUCGCAGCUACUCCUAGCUACUGGAUUGGCUACAAUAACAUCGCACGGAAGAAUCAUUUCCAGUGGAGUGAUGGAUCUGAUGCGUCUUACGAGGGUUGGCAGCCAGGAGAACCAAACAUCCGGGGAGACGAAGACUGUGUCGAAAGUCGGUCCCAAUAUGCUGGUAAAUGGAAUGACAAUUCGUGCAAUAAAAAAUUUCCUUUUGUCUGCAAACUUUUGUCGUCUGACGGUGGAGUAGCUGCUCUCUGCAGCUCACCUUAUAAAGCUUACUGCCCGCCACCCUGGCUUGCUUUCCAGGGGCACUGUUACCUGUGGGUGGACAAACCAAUGUCUUGGAGGGAUGCUGAGAGUUACUGCCGGAAGCUAUCAUACCAGGGGAAGAUGGCACACCUUGCGUCCAUCCACAGUGAAGAGGAGAAUGAAUUCAUCAAAGAUUACCUAAGUAGCGCCUCUAGCCUCUCGGUCGCUCCUAACUACUGGAUUGGCUACAAUGACAUCGAACGGGAGAGUCAUUUUCAAUGGAGUGAUGGAUCUGAUGUGUCUUACGAGGGAUGGGCGCCAGGGGAACCAAACAACAGCAACAAUGGGGAACCAGAAGACUGUUUUCACGACUCACUGUUGGUCACCAAGUACAAGAUGUGGCUCCAUCAGUGCAGAUCCUUGUCCUCGCCCUGGCUUGCAUUCCAGGGGCACUGGUACAUGCGGUAUAGCAAGACGGAGAUGGGUUUCAUCUGUCUUCUAGUACUGAUACUGACAUCCGUCAGUUUGUCGGUUGACGACGGUGUAGCUGCUAUCUGCAUCUGCCCGCCACCCUGGCUUGCUUUCCAAGGGCGCUGCUACCUGUGCGUGAACCAACCAAUGUCCUGGAUGGAUGCUGAGCGCCACUGCCAGAUGUUAUCCCACCCGGGGAAGAUGGUCCACCUUGCGUCCAUCCAUAGCAAAGAGGAGGAUGAAUUCAUCAAAGAUUACGUAAGGGGCGCUUCUGGCCUCGCGGCUACUCCUAGCUACUGGAUUGGCUACAGUGACAUCGAACGGGAGGGUCGUUUCCAGUGGAGUGAUGGAUCUGAUGUGUCUUACGAGGGUUGGGCGCUAGGGGAACCAAAUAGCAGUGGAGACGAAGACUGUGUCGAGUGCCGAUCAGUUCUUCACAGCAAAUGGAAUGAUGAGUCGUGCAGUCCUGCUCUCUGUAGCUCACCUUAUGAAGCUUACUGCCCGCCGCCCUGGCUUGCUUUCCAGGGGCACUGCUACCUGUGGGUGGACAAACCAAUGUCUUGGAUGGAUUCCGAGCGCUACUGCCGGAAGCUAUCCCACCCGGGGAAGAUGGCCCACCUUGCGUCCAUCCACAGCAAAGAAGAGGAUGAAUUCAUUAAAACGUAUGCUGGAAAAUCCUCUGUCGACCCGCCCGUUUCUGGCUACUGGAUUGGCUACAAUGACAUCGAGCAGGAGGAUCGUUUCCAGUGGAGUGACGGAUCUGAUGCAUCUUACGAGGGGUGGGAUCCAAGAGAACCACGCGACAUUGGAGGCGAAGACUGCGUAGAAUGUCGGUCCGAGUAUGCCGGUAUGUGGAAUGACAGGAAGAUGGCCCACCUUGCGUCCAUCCAUAGCAAAGAGGAGGAUAAAGUCAUCACAGAUUACGCAAUGAGCGCUUCUGGCCACGCGGCUAUUCCUAGCUACUGGAUUGGCUACAAAGACAUCGAACGGGAGGGUCAUUUCCAGUGGAGUGAUGUAUCUGAUGCGUCUUACGAGGGUUGGCAGCCAGGACAACCAAACGUCCAUUUGAGUCAAUAUAGCGCAAAGGAAAUGGGCUUCAUCGAUUUUCUUGUACUCAUGUUAACAUCCGUCAGUUUGUCGUCUGACAGCGGUGUAGCUGCUCUCUGCAGCCCAGCUUACUGCCCGCCACCCUGGCUUGCUUUCCAGGGGCACUGCUACCUGUGGGUGGACCAACCAAUGUCUUGGAUGGAUGCUGAGCGCCACUGCCAGAUGCUAUCCCAGCCGGGGAAGAUGGCCCACCUUGCGUCCAUCCAUAGCAAAGAAGAGGAUGAAUUCAUCAAAACGUAUGCUGGGAAAUCAUCUGUCGACCCGCCCGUUUCUGGCUACUGGAUUGGCUACAAUGACAUCGAGCAGGAGGAUCGUUUCCAGUGGAUUGACGGAUCUGAUGCAUCUUACGAUGGGUGGGAUCCAAGAGAACCACGCGACAUUGGAGGCGAAAACUGCGUAGAAUGUCGGUCCGAGUAUGCCGGUUUGUGGAAUGACGUAUGGUGCACAAUAAACAAUCCUUUUGUUUGCAAACUCUAG